AUGGCGGAGCAGGAGGACCAAGCUGGCGGGUCUCGCCCUGAAGGCCAGCCAGCUUCUGAGGAAGAGAGGGAGGAUGCUGCAGGCCAGCCAGCUUCUGAAGAAGAGAGGGAGCAAGCUGCAGGCCAGCCAGCUUCUGAGGAAUGGGAGGAGGAGCUUGCUGCAGGCCCUGAGGCGUUACCGUUGGAGAUCAGUGGCCAGGAAAGUGACAAGGUGGGUUCCACCGAGGGUCCUGAAGGGGACCUCACAACUGAAGGAGAUGGUGACGGUAAAGGCGAGUUUGAAGAGGCAACGGUGGGCUCUGAGGAAGUACCACGAGGGGAAAAAGACGCCACCUUGGAUGCCACACCUGAGGGGAAAAUUGAAUCCUCUGGGGAGGUCGCCCCAGAAGAGAAAAGUGAUUCCAUCAGGGAUGUCAAGCAUGAAGAGGGAGUGGAAUCUAUGUUGGACGCUGCACCUGAGACAGAAAGCAAGUCCUUCAAGGAGGCUGGGGAAGAACUAGAGUCCUUCGAGCAGGAUGAAAUGGAGGACGACAGCUACACCUACAUGUAUGUGGACGGGGACCUCUCUGAGAGAAUGACCAUCUCCGGUGAACUCACCUUCUCCGACGUCAGCACCUGGGAAAUGACCGCAGAGGAGGCGGCCCCUGCAGCAUACCUGCAUGAAGGGGCCGUCGAGGCUGGGGCUUUCGAGGCGGGCCCCUCUGAGCCACCCCAGGAAGACUCAGAAACGUAUGAACAAAGAGGCCCAGCAGCUGCGGAGCCACCAGAAGGCAGCAUGCUCUUUCCACAGGCACAGGCUCAACGAGGCUCCAGGACAAAAGUUUUUCCUAUGGGGCAACAGCAUCACUUAAGACUGAGCAAGGGCAGCCUGAUGUCCUCCGAGCUGGACGAGGUCUCGCUGAGCAUGGCGGAGACAGAGCAGCAGGCUGUCCAUCCCCCGGAGGACACCCAUGCCCAGCUGCAGAGCCCCGAGGAAGAGGCCCUGGCAGAGAGGGUAGAGUCUGAAGGGAGCGACGAGGACCAGGAAUCCCAGCUGGUGGUUUUGGACCCGGAUCACCCCCUGAUGACCAGGUUCCAGGAGGCCUUGAAGAGCUACCUCAACCGGCAGAUAGACAAGUUGCAGCUGGAGAUCCAAGAGCUGGAUGUGGCCACCAAGCAAACCCAAGCCCAGCACCAGGAGCUAGGCAUGAAUCUCUACGGGGUCCAGCAGCACCUGGCCCGCCUGCAGAUGCAGCUGGAGAAGAGCCACGACAAGCACUCCAUCGCCUCCUGCCAGAGGCGGCAGAAGGAAGAGGAGCUGUACAGAGCCCGCGUGCUCUACAACAAGACCCACGCAGCCACCAGAGAGGAGCACAAGAAGCUGGCCGCCCUGCAGACCGAGUUGGAGAACCUGGCUCUGCACGUCUUCUACAUGCAGAACAUAGACCAGGACGUGCGCGAUGACAUCCGCGUCAUGAAGCAGGUGGUGAAGAAGACCGAGAUGGAGAGAAUGCGCGCAGAGGUGGAGAAGAGAAAGCAGGACCUGUUUGUGGACCAGCUCACCACGCGGGCUCACCUGCUGGAAGAAAACAUCUCUGUGUUGGAGGCUCAGUACAUUGCCCAAGCUGAGGAUACCCGGAUCCUAAGGAAAGCAGUGAGCGAGGCCAUCACAGAGAUUGAUGCCAUCAGUAUGGAGAAGAAACGCAUUCUGCAGCAAUGGGCCACCAGCUUGGUGGGCAUGAAACAUCGAGACGAGGCAUACAGGACUGUGCUGGAGGCACUCAGUGAGUGUGAGCACCAGUCCAAGGCCAUAGACAGCGAGCUCGACGGUUACAAGAAGUCCAUCAUGAAGGAGGAAGACAAGAACGAGAAGCUGGCCAGACUCCUGAACCACGUGGAAACAGAAGCCAUGCUAAUGCAGAAGCUGACAGCCCAGUGCGUGAGCAAGCAGGAGGCUCUGCAGAGCGAGUUCAACACCUACCGGCUCACCCUGCAGGAGACCGAGGAAAUGCUGAGCAAGGGCCAGCAGGAGCAGUUGGUGGUCAUGAGCGAGCUGCAGGCCGUGCGCCAGGCCACCCGCUAUGAGCUGGAGCUGCGGCACAAGAUGGACAACGAGGUCAUAGACAAGCUGCAGGAGCACGUGACCUCCAACAAGAUGACCAAGUACUUCCAGCAGCUCCUGCAUAAGCUGCAGAAGGAGAAGACCAACCUGGUGACGCACCUCUCCAAACUCGACGGCGACAUCUCACAGGCCACGCUGGACAUCACCAACACCGUGUGCAGGCAAGAAGUGCACCAGAAGACACUGGCCGAGCUGGACAAGGAGGUGAAGAGGGCCAACGAGCUCAUCAGCAACAGCGAGAGCGAGAUCGCGCGGCGCACCAUCCUCAUCGAGCGCAAGCAGUGUCUCAUGAACUUCUUCAAGAAGCAGCUGGAGAAGAUGGUGUCCGAGCUGGGGGGGGAGGAAGUCGGGCCCCUGGAGCUAGAGAUCAAAAGGCUGACGAAGCUGACAGAACAGCACAACAGCAACCUGGCCCAGGCUCAGGUGACCUGGCUCCGCCUGCAGCAGGAUCUGGUGCAGGCCACACAGCAGCGUGAGGAUCACCUGGCGUCCCUGAACCUGCUCAAGAAGGAGGUUCAUAUCAUGGAGCAGAAGAAGCUGCGCUUGGAGAGUAAGAUCGAGCAGGAGAAGCAGGAGCAAAAGGAGAUCACGUGCCACAUGAAGGACCUGGACAACGACCUGAAGAAGCUGAACGUGCUGAUGAGCAAGAAGCGCUGUGGCUCUGAGGAGCUGCAGCAGGACAACCUGGUGGCCGAGGCGGAGUUUGCGCGCGCACUGAAGGCCGCGGAGAGAGAGGCCAUGCAGAUGCAGGACAAGCUGAGCCAGCUCCGCGAGGAGAAGGCCGCCCUGCUGAACAGCCUGGUGGAGGCCGAGCACCAGAUCAUGCUCUGGGAGAAAAAAAUCCAACUGGCAAGAGAGAUGCGUGCCGCUGUGGACUCGGAGACUGGGCAGACAGAGAUCCGAGCCAUGAAGUCUGAGAUUCAAAGGAUGAAGGUCAAGCACGGGCAGCUGCUGCAGAAGCAGGAGAAGAUGAUCCGGGACAUGGAACUUGUGGUGGCGCGCAGGGAGACCAUCGUGACCCAGGCACAGGCGCAGAGCAAGAUUGACAAGAAGGCUCUCACCCGGACGGACUUCCACUACAAGCAGAUAGAGCUGCGGCGGAGAAUCAGGGAGGUGCACAAGGCCACUGACGAGUGCACCAGUGCCAUCUCAGAACUGGAAGGAACUCAAAAGGAGCUGAGCAGCUCCCUGCAGGCAGAGCAGCAGAUGCUGUUGGCGACACAGGCUGAAACGGAUGCUGUGGAAGCCAGCCUCAGCCAGCUCAUGACCCUGAAGCAGAAGAACCUUUCAGAGAUCAUAACGCUGCAGACACGAGCCAAGCACAUGCAGGCGGUGACAAAGGGGAGGUAUCUGUACCUCUUCCGCAACGAACAGUCCCUGCUGGUGGAGCUCAAACGCCUGGAAGACCGGUUAACCCGGAUCAACAGCACGCUGGCGCAGGUUCAGGAGGAGUACCCCCAGUUCCAGGAGGCCCUUCACAAGGUGAGACAGAAGAUCGCCAGCAAGCUGGAGUCCCCGGAGCCCUCCUAGACAGCACCUGUGCCACAAGCCCGGGUCUGUGACCAUGGGAGACUUCAAGUCCCGUGUUCCCGAAAGCCCCCACUGGCAUCACUGCUGAGGAGACACGGACAGACCAGCCCCGUUGCAAAUACAUCCCAGCCACUUACUAGUACACCAAGCGAAGGCAGCGUUUCCGGUCGGCUUUGGUGAGCCUGCCUUUUGCUCUCUGGGGAGACCCGUACAUGCAAACCCAUGCCCCGGUGGCCCUCACUACUGGGGCGACGGCUCCACGAUCUGCCCAUGCCCAUACCCUGUCCUGGGGCAGGCCCUCAGACCCCACCAGAACUAAGGAAGAAGCCGGGGGCCUCUAGAGUCCCAAGCGAGGCGAUCACCAGGGAUGCAACCACUUAAGUAAGCGGGUGCUUGUCCUGUUUCUACUGGCCUCUGACCUCGCUCAUCAGUCUUCACCGGGAUGCACCCUGCUGACCCCACACACACCCUGGAUUCCUGAGCCUCAUUGCCUUAUCACCUCUCUGCAGUUGAAAUGGGAAAUGUCCUACGAAGUAAUUUCAAUUUCAAACUUCAUAGAGGAAAAAUAAAAAAAAAAAAAUUAAGACCUGCUUCUGACUGAGGGAGCGAGACACGCUUGUUCUGAAACACUGCCGAAUCACAAACCUGACAGGCAGGGAGAGCUCGGCCCCAGCCCCACGCAUCCACUGGCCUCAGCUUGCUCUAUAUCCACUCCAUCCCAUCUGGCAAGUGGAGGUUGUGGAAUGAAUUCAGGGUUUGUAAUGUCUGGCGAAAUGUUUGCAUGCCUGGAGGGUUUCUGUUUGUUUGUUUUUGUUUUAUACCGUUACUGGAGCUUUUAGGGUCAGAUCCUGGGCUCUGGCAGUCCCAACAUGCUAAACUCAGCCACUCAACCCCAAUGUGCCAAUUAAAGAGACAAGUAAGGGCUGGAGAGAGGGCUCCGCAGUUAAGGUGCUUGCCUCUGAAGCCUAAGGAUGCAGUUUGAUU